ACAUGACUGAAUACAAUUGUGUUUCUUUCUAGACCUUCAAGAUUCCAAAAUCAAUGACAAUCUUUUCCACAGCAACCUGAAGGGCCACGUAUUCAAGAAUGUCGAACUCAUGCUGAAGGCAACUCCGACGGUACCUGAAGGCUCUUUGGUCUAUGUGACGGAAGGAAGCAAAGUCUUCAUUCGACAGCUUAAUGGCUGGAGCAAACUCUGUCUUGAAGACUUCUUCCCUGGGAUUGCUUCUGAUGAUCCCACAGCAUCAGUUAAAGUGACUGAUGUCUCCCCGAAUCAAGGAGCAGUGCUUCACCUGGUGGCUUUGAAUGCUCCCCUCACAGGGGAUAUGGCUGGGAUUCGCGGUGCUGAUCUACAGUGUUUCCAGCAGGCUCAGGAAGCUGGACUGGAGGGGACUUUCCGAGCCUUCCUCACCUCAAGUAACCAGGACUUGAUUUCCAUUGUGAAGAGAUCCGAUAGGACAUCUGUGCCAAUUGUUAAUCUCAAGGAUGAAAUGCUCUUUUACAACUGGGAUACUCUCUUCAGUGGCUCUGGUGGACAUUUUAACCCCAAAGUGCCUAUUUAUUCAUUCAGAGGUCAAAAUGUCAUGACUGAUUCCACAUGGCCUCGUAAGUUAGUCUGGCAUGGAUCAAGCUCUAGAGGGGCUCGAGUUUCAGACGGUUAUUGUAAUGAAUGGAGGAGGGGGCAUCGUGCAAAAGGACUCGCGACAUCACUCAUGAAUGGAAAGCUCCUGGAGCAACACUCGUACGGCUGCACCAAUUCCCUUAUUGUGCUUUGCAUUGAAAACAGUAUAACACACCGGCAUGGCAGGAAGAAGUAAUUGCUAAUGUCUAUUGUGUAUUUUAUGCUUUUAACAUAAGGUCAAGUGACAAAAUUCCUAUUUUUGCACUAUCAUGAGAAAUAAUUAUUUUGGGAGUAUUUCUGUUUCCAGCGUUCUUAGGUCUGUGCCCUUAGUUCUUUGUAACAUUUCCCAGUAAUAUAUGUUUUGCCUCUGUUGCUGUUUCCCACGUGAAGUGCUCUAAUUGAAUAAAAAGCCAUGAAAAUAA